AUGGCGGCAUCCCGAAUGGUCGUUCUUCUUUUUCUCAUUUUCACAGUAACCCAUGCAACGGACUGUGUUGAUUUGCUGUCGACAUGCGAGAGUCUUCAAUCGAUCUGCAUUGGAAGCAUCCUGCAACACCAUUUUGAUCUUAUCAGUGAUCUAACGUCCCAGUUGAAUGACUCAACUAUUCCUGCUCUGGAAAGCUCUUUACCACAGGUCCAGUCUGAUUUACCUCUCGUCUUGGGAAGUAAUGAUGAUGGAUCGUCCACGGCGUCCGCUGUCGAGGGAUCUGGAACAACAGCUUCUAUUUUUGACGAUGAAGCGUUGAAGAAUGCUCUUCCUCUUCUCAAAGAGUCUCUUCCCUUGAUUCGCGAGUCUCUACCUCUCAUCCGCGAAUCCCUCCCAUUGAUCCGCCAGUACUUGGAUCCACUAGUUGGUAAAACUGCGUGUCAAAGAAAAGCGACAUGUAAAAGUUGUAAGGAUUGCCCAAAACUCCGCGACUCCAUAAUUGACUUUGUCGAAGCCCUGUGCCCCAACACGUGCAAAGUUUGCACAACUGGAUCUGACCUUCUCGCCUCGUCAAAUGCCCUGAGCGCUUAUUUCUCCUAG